GGAGACACACCUGGACACGGCGGUGGGCGUGUCCGUGGCGGUGACGUCACUCUGACGCAGCCGCCUCUUUGGUUACUCCGGAAGUUUGCGGAAGUUCUAGAGCAGAAGUUUGUCAUCGGAGCCGCGUCGCUUGGUGAGAGCGGGAGACAGCAGAGAUGGAGCUCCGCGCCGAGAAGAUCCAGCGGAUCCUGUCCAAGUACAAGUUCCGGGAUUUGGCCGUUGAGGAGCUGGAGAAAGUGAACCGGGUCUACCCGGAGAUGCAGGUGUCCACGGCCACGUUCACGUUCAGCGACAGCACACAGAAAGACCUCCUUAAAAUAACGGGGGUCAUCCCUGUGAAGUAUGAAGGUCGCUCGUACAACUUCCCCAUCCAGCUGUGGCUCCUGGACUCGUUCCCCUUCACCCCCCCCAUCUGCCUCCUCAAGCCCACGUCCAGCAUGGUCAUCAGGGAGGGCAAACACGUGGACGCCAAGGGGCGGGUCCACCUGCCCGGACUGCACACCUGGGACUAUCCAAAAUCCUCAGUCGUGGGUCUCCUGCCGGAGAUGAUCGCCAAGUUUGAGGAGGAUCCUCCAUUGUCCUCGAAGGCCUCAGGAGAAGCUAAAAACCCACACGAGCUCCUGGCUUUCGUCUCCAACCUGCAGCUCAACGAUGGUGGAGUCCAGCAUCAGGACCAGCUGGGUGGAAAAGUAACGGUCAUCGGAGGAGGAGACCUGGGAAUGGCGUGUGUGACCAGCAUUCUAGCAAAGUGUCAUGUGGAUAAACUUGUUUUCAUUGACGUGGCAGAGAGCUCCACCAAAGGUGGCAGCACAGAUUUAGAGAUUUUCAGUCUACCAAAGGUCACCGUGUCUGCAGACCUGUCCGCCUCUGCGGGCUCCAGGGUUGUCGUGGUAACGGCGAACGCCUGGAGCAGCGAGCAGUCGUACGCGAGAGUUGUCCAGACCAACGUCGACCUGUACAGAAGCAUCAUCCCCACCGUGGCGCAUCUCAGCCCCAACGCCAUCCUGCUGAUUACAUCACAGCCAGUGGACAUCAUGACUCACGUCGCCUGGAGGCAGAGCGGCCUCCCCCCGACCCACGUGAUAGGGGCGGGCUGUAACCUGGACUCGGAGAGGCUCAACCACAUCCUGAACAUCAACCUGAACACCCGCAAACCCGCCUGGGUCCUGGGAGAACUCUCCGACAACAAAUUCGCAGUGAUGAGUAACAUCAGCCCGAACUCCAGCUCCACUCCUGAGAUUUCUCCAGGAUCCACGUCCACCAAACCUCUGCUGGACCGAGCUUUUGGGAUGAUGAAGAACAGAGGCCAGCGGUCGUGGUCCGUGGGUCUGUCUGUGGCCGACAUCACUAACAGCGUUCUGACGGACAGGAAGAAGACGCACUCCGUCACCACGCUGGCUCAGGGCUGGGGGGGCAUCGGUACGGAGGUGUUCCUCAGCCUUCCCUGCAUCAUGGGAGUGAACGGUUCCACCCGCCUGGUUGGAGCGCUGCUGGGUCCGGAAGAGGACGCCAGACUGCGGGAAAGCGUGGCGUCCCUGUCCGACCUCAUGAGCCAGCUCAGGAUAUAGAGGAGGGGGCAGCCAACCAACCCACGGGGGGGGUUGGACUGUCCCGCAGCCAACCUGCGGGAGGGUCUCGCUGGAGCUACCAAGGUUUUUAGGAGAUCGGUUUUCUCUGACAGAGGAAUUUUUUUACUGUUUUCUGCAGAAAUGUUCACUAAAUUAUUACUGAAAGCA